AUGAGUGAGAACACUGCCGCUAGGUCACGGUUGGAAGAACUUCCUGAUAAAGAAGAUAAGGUAAUUAGAUUGGUCACAUUUAAUGUCAAUGGUAUUCGUACUUUAUUUCAUUAUCAGCCCUUCUCACAGAUGAACCAAUCAUUAGUUAAUGUAUUUGAUUAUUUCAAUGCUGAUAUAAUUACUUUUCAAGAAUUAAAGACAGAGAAGUUGAGCAUUUCUAAAUGGGGAAAAGUCGAUGGUUAUUAUUCUUUCAUUUCAUUGCCAACUGUUAAAAAGGGAUAUUCUGGGGUUGGGUGUUGGGUUCGAAUGUUUCCUGAUGACCAUCCACUUCAUGAUUCAAUGAAAGUGGUGAAAGCUGAAGAAGGUAUAACUGGCUGCUUGAGUGUUAAGAAUGGUCAAGAGGAAAUACGAUAUAAAGAUGAUCAAAAUAUUGGAAUUGGUGGAUAUAAUUCGUUAGGUUACGAUAAUGAAAGUGAGGCAUUACAUUUAGAUAGCGAAGGAAGGUGUGUUAUUAUAGAAUUAGCAUGUAAUAUGGUUAUCAUUUCUACAUACUGCCCAGCAAAUUCAACAUUGACUGAUGAAGGGCAACAAUUUAGAAUAAAGUUUUUGAAAGUAUUGUUUAAGAGGAUAAGGAAUUUGGAGUCAAUGGGGAAAAAAGUAGUCUUAAUGGGUGAUUUGAAUAUAUGUCGUGAUUUAAUUGACCAAGCAGAAGCAUUGGAAGUUAAUGGCAUACGAAUACUGCCAGAGACUACUGGAAAUAUGAUAGAAAAUGAGUACCCAGAUUUGGCAAGCAGUUUCAUUUUGAAACCUGAAAGAGUUCAGAGAAGACUGUUGAACCAGAUAAUAACAGACAGCUUUAUCGCAGAUCUAUCCAAGAAUGGAUGCAUGAUAGAUACUACAAGAUUUAUUCAGUCGAAGAAAAGAUUAAAAAUGUACACUGUUUGGAAUACUCUUAAAAAUACUCGAUCUAUCAAUUAUGGUUCAAGGAUAGACUUUAUAUUAUUAAGUUCAGGAUACCAAAAUUUAAUACAAAACGCAAAUAUAUUACCACAAGUCAUGGGAUCAGACCACUGUCCAGUAUACUUAGAUAUGAAAUUGCCUACCGACAUCGCAUCAAAUAUUGAAAUUAAAAUACCAAGAUUUGAAGCCAGGUAUAAAUACCAAUUAACGCAUAAAAAUAUUUUUGAGAUGUUAAAGGGAACGGCUAGUAAUGCUGACGAAAGCAAAGUGGAGAUGGCACCUGGCUUCAGUGAAUCCUCUAAUCAUUCAUAUAAGAUGACUAAAGGAAUUAAUAAAACCUCAUCAAUAAAAAGUUUUUUCAAAGUUGAAAACAAAACAGCCAAAAAGAGGACUUCAUUACAAGGAAGAGAGAUACUAAAAAGGUAUGCUAACAUCAAUUCAAAAAGAGUGAUCGUUAACGGUCAAACUACUUUAGCCAAAGUAUAUGGAUUAUCAGAUGCGCCAUUAUGUAAGCAUGGUGAAAAAUGUGUAUUGAAGACAUCUAGGACAAGUAGUAAUUAUGGAAAAAAAUUCUGGGCUUGCAAAAGGCCAAAAGGUGAGUCUAAUAAUGAAGAUUCUUCUUGUGACCAUUUUGAAUGGGUAUAG